AUGAGGAACAUCGACUUGGCCAUCCAUAUCAUGAGAGCAACUGAAGCUAGAAAUGGGUUGAUAUGCGUUGCAUUUGGAGAACAUCCAGUGAUCACUUCUGUCAUGCCCAUCACCGGCGGCGAUAUCAGUAAUCCCAAACGUGUUGAUGGAGAUCAUCAAUUUUGGCAAUCUCAAUCACCUUGCCCGAUGGCACACUCGCAAAUGCAAAACCUGAUUACUCUUUUUGAUGCUCAUCCUUACUGGCUGGACCGUCAAAUUCGCAGUGAUCGAAAUGGGUUGAAUUGUCCCUUCAACGCAGGAUGA